CAGCAAGUAGUGUAGCUAGUGUUUCUCUAAUUGAACUUCGCCCAAUCAACAAUAACUCGUUAGCGGUUGCUUGCUUUUUCUUGUUCCUUGAGACAGCUUAUUCCUUGCAGGGAAUCGCCCCCAGCCAGUACAGUUAUACUUUCUAAAGAUCUCCAUGGAACUUCGCAGAGGAACUGUCUCUCUCUGCAAGGAAAUACGAUUUGGUUGCCUGUGAAACUGCAACCUACGCCCGAACCAUGGUUAUUUUGGAGAAACAUUUUAGAAAAGUGUAGUUGCAUAAUUCGACUGAAAGUGCUAGAAAGUGGGCUGCGAAGAAGACGACAAUUGAAGGAAACACUUGUGGACGUUUGAACGACCAUUUGAAUGAAAUAAUCAGUCUUUGUCAGCAGUAAUUCCUUGGGACUGCAAUGACCUCCAGUAAAGACAUGAAGGCAGGCUCGGUGUUGCAGUCCAGCGGUGAGGAGAGGAGACGGGGUCCCUUGGACCAGCUUCCACCCCCGGCCAACUCAAACAAGCCUCUGACGCCGUUCAGCAUUGAGGAUAUCCUAAGCAAACCCUCUGUGAAGAAGUCAGUUGCAAAUCUCUGUCCGCCGAGAGUUAUUGAAAAAGUGUCCGGCUCAAAUGCAGCAAGGAACGGUAUUAGCACUCCCUCUUCGCCGUUAUGCGCUCUGGAGGAACUAGCCAGCAAAACAUUUAAAGGUCUGGAAGUCAGCGUUAUACAAGCAGCUGAAGGCCGUGAGCAUGUAAACGCCUUUGGACAGAGGCAAACCUCAAAAAAGAGGAGAAAGUCCCGGACAGCUUUCACCAACCAUCAGAUAUAUGAACUUGAGAAGCGCUUUUUGUACCAGAAAUAUCUGUCUCCGGCCGAUCGAGACCAGAUUGCUCAGCAACUGGGGCUAACCAAUGCUCAGGUCAUCACCUGGUUUCAGAACAGACGGGCCAAGCUCAAGAGAGACUUGGAAGAGAUGAAAGCAGACGUGGAGUCGCUCAAAAAAGUCCCACCACAAACCCUGCAAAAGCUAGUCAACAUGGAAGACAUUGACGACCUGCAAGGAAGCUCUGGAGCAAUAUCCCCUAGCAUCUCCCCGUCGUCACAAGGACACGGAGCAUUUCCUCAGUCCCCCUCCUCAUCCAGAGACCAAACCACGGACGAAUUCUCAGAGGAGGAAGAAGAGAUUGAGGUGGACGAUUGACAGUAGGCCAUGUUUUAAGAAAGCGCAUUUUUCAAAACUUUUGCACGGAUAUUGACGUUGAUAGCAGUUAAACUUUAAAGGAAAGUUUUCUUUCUCCUCUUCUACAUUUUAAUUACAUUCAUGGGACUGUAAAAGGCUUCUAGAUGUCCCCGUUUCAAUUUCACCCAUUUAUUUGAGGAAUACAUAUUUAUUUCAAUAGGUAAUGAAACAUACCUAGUGUUAAAGUACACGAUCAAGACCGCAAAGUAUGUGUUUUUCUUCUCUGUGUAUCUUUUUUUUUU